AUUUCAGUCAUGGGGUAUCAAUAACGCACCCCAACCAUAAAUAGCGCUGGAGGCCCCGGCUUACAUACGUACAUGUUGAACCAUAUCUCCUGCGCAGAUCAUUAUAUAAGGCCAUGGAGUUAAGCGACACGACCUGCGUAGAACUGUGCAGCGCUCUAACAACCAGAGAUCCUGACGCGCCCACAGCAGACGAGAGAGAACAACAGGACCCAGCCCCCACCAUGAACGCCGUGUCAGUGCCUUCCCGUGUGGAGCGGCAGAAGAGGGACUACCAGUCGCUGCUCGCCCUGCUGGCCCGCCGCAUCACGCAGCGGCAGCUCGCCCAGAUGAUGCUCCUGUCCACACAGUUCCACACGCAGUCGGAGUGGGAGGCGCUCGCCCAGGACACCACCUUCGACAAGCUGGUAGCCUCGUUACAGGACAAGGAGCUGCUGUCGGAGCAGAAGACGAACGUGCUGAAGAACAUGUUGAUUCAGAUAGACAGCGUGAAGCCGGACGUGUUGACCAAGAUCAGGGAGUACGAGGCUAGGUACGGCAACCUCGUGCAGACCUCGCAACCCAUCACAAAACCCGUGUUGUACCACGGCCGCUCCUGGUACUGACGACAAGGCUGUUCGCGUUUCUUUGGGGGACAUUCAGGGCCAAGCUGCUACCUUAGAAAAUCAGCAGAUCGGUUAGAAAUAAAAUAUGUCAAAAUAAAUUCUACAGUGAUCCAGAGGAAGUGCUAUGUUUGUGACUACGGUUAGCAUUCAAUAUCAGUCGCAUGCAUGAGUUAAUCGCUACCACUUGGCCGUGAUUGUCACCCUUAAAGAUUGGAGCGAGGCUAAGUGCAAACAGACAUGUGACUUGUAAGUGCCUGUGGGGUCAUGGACUCUCCUGGAGCCGUAAGAGCCGUGAGCCAAUGUUGACACGUCAUCGCGUCACCAUCACGAGACUGGCCCUGUGGACGGGUGAAUCAAGGAUUGGGAAGGAACGGAUACAAACACACAGAAAACGUCAGGCAUUUUAGACAAGAUGAAAUAGAGGAGGGAAACUUCCAAGACAACCUGUAGGCAAUGGAGGGGAUAUAGAAUCCAAGACAUGCUUCCCAGUCAAGUUCCUAGAUAUAUCUUACUACCCUGUAAUAAGUUUCGGCGUUUUGUCUUCAUUUAGUCCUUGACUAGAAGUCAUAUUCAAGCUUAGAAAGAUUAUCUCACCUUAAAUAUAGAAAUGCUCAAAGUGUCACCAUGGCAAUUUGUGAAAGUAUAAGGGCUGGUGCUUUAAAUAAAUAAAUAAAUAACAUAUAUAUAUCUAAGCGGCUGUCAUUGUACUAUCGGCGAUCAUAGAUUACCACUCAUUGUUCUUGUGAUGGUUAUCUAUAAAUAUUUGCAA